AUGCAGGCCUCUUCCUCAACUUCGCCAGCCGCGGUUGAGGAUACCCUCGACCUGGUUCAUCGCGCGCUGACAGUGCUGAACGGCCCAGUGCGCGAGCUCGAUCUUCUCUUCGGCGACAUCUACGACGCUGCCUACGAACUCGAGGAGUACGAAGCAGUUCGUGGCGCGGUGUCAAUCCUGUUGAACGACAGCCGCAUUCCUACAUUGCACCGAGCCCAGCUCCACAUCUACAUGGUUACGCUAGAGCGCGAGGACGAGCAUGCAUGGAAGCAGUUCCUCCAAGCCGAAGCAGCGCUCGCGGAGAUCGACAAAGUCCAGGUCAAGCGUGGUCUGCACGGCCACCCUCGAGUCGACGCAGUCAAGAAAGGUCUGGAAGAGUACCGCCACUUCUUCGACACUGGUGGACACGGCUAUGGCUUGGACGAGAAGAUAUCCAGACCCAAGAACGCCGUUCAAGAUCUGCUCCUACGUCGCAAGGCCGAGGAGGAAGAGGAGGAGCGAGCAGAGGCUGCAAAGAAGGCACGUCUAGCAGCAAAGAUCAAGACUCUGGAUCCAGCUGGAGCAGACAUUCGCACUCCUGUCAAGCAAGGUAGCGUCGACAACGGCGACAAGACCAUCACCCCUGGACGCGAGAGAGAACCACUUUUCGACCGAAGUGUUGCGCCUCCAGCUCCACCCUCCUUCGUCUCGCAUACCUCAAGCGACAACGACUACGGCGUCGGAGCCGGAGGCGCUGUACAAGCAACCAUCCAGCGACGCCGCAAGCCACCUCAGCUCAGCCUUGCGCCCUCAUUGUCUCGCGAUUCUUCCGACUCUUCCGUCCUCUCGUCGCCGUACACCAUGCCCGGUGGACUGGCUCUGCGCCCGUUGCGCGGCUCUGACUCGGACGCCGAGCAGAACUAUAAUCGGAUCUUGCGUCAGAAGAGCUGGCGUGGACCGCUGCCAGGUGAUGGCGAUGGUGAGAGGAAGUAG